AUGACAAUUGUGUUCGAUAUGAGGAAAGGGGUUCACAAAAUUGAAGAACCCAUUCGUACGCCUAUUGUCAGAGUAAAUGACGUGAAGAGUGAAGACGUGAAUAACUCCCAGAAGAUUCAUCUGUCGAUACCUAGAGUUCGAGUGCAAACACCUUCGGCUCAAAGUCUGAGGUCACGGUCACUGUCGGUGCCCUCAAUGGCAGACAAUAUUCUUCUCGACUACAACUCAAUCUCCAAAUCAAUCAACAGUCGAGUGAAUGAGCACUUAAUUACCUUGUCUUCGAGACACUGGGGUUCGCAAAGCUCUUACCCUUCAGAGCCAGUGAAUAGAGUUAACGCUGGAAGAGAAGAAAUUGACUUAAAUAAUGAGAAUAACGAUACGUUUCUAACACAAAACUACACUCAUUAUAACAAACCAAUCGUUAAAACAUCUCAUUUCUCAUUUCUCAAUAGAACCAAAUCAGUGGACAAUUAAUUUUUAUACAUUAACUGAACAUUAAUUGUAAAUAUUUUCAUUCAUAUGAAUAGAUAAUCGAG